AAACGAAAAUAAUUAGGUUGAACAUUUUUGCAUGAAGAUCUAAAAAAUGAAGUACAUGCAGGUAAAUCUAAGUCCUGCCAUCAUACUAGCCUAUUAUGUCUUCCAGCAGCACCAAUGAAUGACCUACACUCAGACAUGUUUAAGGCACUGUAAUUUUACAUCAACUACACUGUCAUCAGUAGAUUAUCCCUUCACAGAUCACACCGUACCGCUGCAAUCCUCAGCCAACAAUUUGUAUCUAGGCACCGCAUGCUGCUUGAUCUCUGAACUUCAAACUACAGUCAUUAGACUUUAUCUCGGGAAAUGCAGGAGCCAAGAUGAUACAGUAUUAUAGUGACCAAUUGCUUUGUGUGCGCCUGUACUGAUAGAACCAGUGUCAUAAGUCAAGUGGUGUUACAAUUUAGACAAAUGGCCUCAAAACCUGUUUGUUUGUUUAACAAACAAAUAAAGGUAUUGAGUCAUUGACAAAUCAAUUUCUAAUCAAGUUGGCAAUUUCUUAAAUACAAAAGAUACUAAGAUGCAUUGUUACUAAGCAAAAAUAAAAUAAGAAAUAAAUAAAAAGGAAAUUAUCUUUUAAUUUCAGGAGAAAUGUUUAGCUAAACCCAGCAAUGAGAAACAGCCUGUGGUGGCUACCAGGCACUGAUUGGCUAAUAGAGGAGGAACUACUGUAAAACUAAUAUGAAACUUGGAGUCUUUGGUCAUAACUAAGUAUUCUGAUGGCAUUGACAUGAAGCCACCCUAUAACGAUACAACAUAUUAUUCACCAGUAAAAUGAAUAGAUUUAAACUAUAUAAAAAAGAUUUUUAAAAAAUAGGCUCAUAUUGACCAUCCUGUAAUAAGUUGAAGCCCAAGGAGAUUGUUUAUCCGCCCCUGAAUAAUUGUCUUGUGUUUGAAUCUACGCAUCAUUACGUGUACUGCAGCGCUGUCACCACACGAGUUUCUGUUUCUUCUGGUCCUGCACAGUCACUCCUCCACUCACUGUUUACACUGUCACAGCAUCAGCACCUCCGUGUCCUCACCUGACCCACGGAGAUACAGGAAACUCUGCAGCCAGCUCCCUCUCUCUCCCUCUCUCUCGCUCUUUCUGAGCUUCUUCUCUCCUCACACCUCCUGCAGCGUCUCCUAAGCUCACACACACACGCACACGCACACACACACACACACACACGCUGCUCUGACUGGCUGAGGACAGAAAAGGACAAUACUUGGCUAAAUUUAUUUCGGAGUGUGUGGUGCUGCCGUCAUGCCCGCUUUCAUCCCGAUGCCCAGCGCCUGCGCCACUCCUCGGCAGCUGACGUCACAGCCAGCAUGGCGGUCAAGGUGCAAACAACCAAAAGAGCCGACCCCCAUGAUUUGAAGACAAUCUUUCUCAAGUAUGCCAGUGUGGUGGAGGAUGGGGAAAAUUACAUGACCCCCCGAGACUUCGUGCAGAGUUAUCUGGGUCUGCACACACAGCCACAACACAACCCCAAAACUGUGGAGCUGAUAGCUGGGGUGGCCGACACCACCAAAGAUGGACUGAUCUCUUUCCAGGAGUUUCUGGCCUUUGAAUCUGUUCUGUGUGCCCCGGACGCCUUGUUCAUAGUUGCCUUUCAGCUGUUUGACAAGACCGGCACAGGCACUAUAUCAUUUGAGAAUGUACGAGACAUCUUCAGCCAGACCACCGUUCAUCACCACAUCCCUUUCAACUGGGACUGUGACUUCAUCAGGCUACACUUCGGCCAUGAGAGAAACAGGCAGCUCAGCUACACAGAGUUCACACAGUUCCUACAGGAGCUGCAGCUGGAGCACGCCCGCCAGGCUUUUGCACAGAAAGACAAGAAUAAAAGCGGCACCAUCACUGCCUUGGACUUUGGUGACAUCAUGGCCACCAUCAGACACCACAUGCUGACUCCUUUUGUGGAGGAGAAUCUGGUCUCGGCUGCAGGAGGCAACACCUCCCACAUGGUGAGCUUCUCCUACUUCAACGCCUUCAACGCCCUCCUCAACAACAUGGAGCUAGUCCGCAAGAUUUACAGCACACUCGCCGGCACACACAGAGAUGUGCACGUCACCAAAGAGGAGUUUGUUCACGCAGCCAAUAAGUUUGGUCAGAUCACUCCGAUGGAGAUUGACAUCCUGUACCAGCUCUCUGGGCUCCACUCUCACUCUGGGCGGCUGAACCACACAGACAUCGAGAGGAUAACGCCGCUGGAGGAAGGAGCCAUGCCGUACCACCUAGCUGAGACCCAGAGACAGCACGGUCACGAAGCCUCUCGGUCCAUCUGGCUCCAGGCUGCGGAGUCGGCCUACAGGUUUACUCUGGGCUCAAUCGCUGGAGCCACCGGUGCCACAGCUGUGUAUCCCAUCGACCUGGUGAAGACACGUAUGCAAAACCAGCGCUCCACCAGUUCCUUUGUAGGAGAACUGAUGUACAAGAACAGCUUCGAUUGUGCCAAGAAGGUGCUGCGUUACGAGGGCUUCUUUGGAUUCUACAGAGGUCUCCUCCCGCAGCUCAUCGGCGUCGCCCCAGAGAAAGCCAUCAAACUCACGGUGAAUGAUUUUGUCAGAGACAAGUUCACAACAGAAGACAACACCAUCCUGCUGUCUGCAGAGAUUCUCGCCGGUGGAUGUGCAGGAGCUUCCCAGGUGAUUUUCACCAAUCCUCUGGAGAUCGUAAAGAUCCGUCUGCAGGUGGCGGGAGAGAUUACCACGGGGCCCCGGGUCAGUGCCUUGACUGUUGUGAGAGACCUGGGCUUCUUUGGCCUCUACAAGGGAGCGAAGGCCUGUUUCCUCAGAGACAUCCCCUUCUCUGCCAUCUACUUCCCUGUCUAUGCCCACACCAAACAGAAGUUGGCAGAUGAGGAUGGAAGACUGGGGGCGCUGCAGCUGCUCACCGCUGGAGCUGUGGCAGGUGUACCUGCAGCCUCGCUGGUCACCCCUGCUGAUGUCAUCAAGACCAGACUCCAGGUGGCAGCUCGAGCAGGACAGACGACCUACAACGGAGUAAUCGACUGCUUCAGGAAGAUCCUGAAGGAAGAAGGUUUUAGUGCACUUUGGAAAGGAGCAGGAGCUCGUGUCUUCAGAUCCUCCCCACAGUUUGCCGUCACGUUGGUGACUUAUGAGCUGCUGCAGAGAUGGUUCUACGUCGACUUUGGAGGACAUCGUCCUGCUGGCUCAGAGCCCACUCCCAAACCUACCAUCAAGGGCCUUCCCUCUGUGACCGAAGACCACAUUGGUGGUUAUCAUCUGGCCACUGCCACAUUUGCAGGUGUGGAGAGAAAGUUCGGUCUCCACCUGCCCAAGUUUAGAGCCUCCGGUGAGAUGACAAUCAAGGCGACCGGGCCCAAAAUGGAGCAAAACUCAUAAAACUGUCACAAUUCGGUCCAAAACGCUGCCACUGACCGACAUCCCAGUCCGGUGCAGUCGAGUGUUGGUCUUGCUUUGAAUGCUGCAUGAACUCUGCUUUAUCGUUGCGACGCUUGCACACAUUUUUGUACAUAUUGUACUUCGACAAUGAGGGACAUUAUGGCAUCAUGAAUGUAACUGUGUGUUUUUUGUGCUCAGCAUGGUUCCGCUGUAUUUAAGAAAUAUGAAGAUGUACAGAUGUAUUUUGAACCCAGGGAAACUGGAAACUAAUUUAAAUGUAUUUAUUGUAUUUUAUUGAAUAAACCAUUCAAAGUUUUCUCGUUCUACCCCCGCCCUCCCAGUCUUGAUAGCAAAUUUUUUGAGAUCGUUCAGAAAAGAAAAAAAAGCCUGAUCAUUUACAGCAUCAAUGAUUUUCUAUCUCUAUCUCAGCUCUAACCAGCAGCACUGGUCAAAGAUAUAACAAUAUAGAAGUUUAAAAUUCAGCUGAAUAAAUCUGGACAUUACAGUUCAUACGAAGGAGUGAAGAAUGAAGGCAGAAGAGUCAACAUGAGCUACGGUGGUGAGAUGUUUGAAUUCUCAGGUUUUCACUUCGUCUUUGGUGGGAACAGAAAUCAUUCCAGUGGUUUUCAGCUUGAUCGCCUCCAGCAUUUGGCUUUAAGAAAACAACAACUAAUGAUUAAGGCUUAAUUAUUUAUCAUGCUG